AUGGACCAACAGAACUCCACCACCACCCCAACUCCCUCCACCUCCCAACCACCCACCGAAUCACCCCCAAACGCCCAAUCCCAGCCUCCACCUCAGCCUCAGCCACCGGCGCCCUCCUCCUUACCAACCACUCCAACCUCCACCCCAACCCCCCCUCCCCCAAACCCUAACCCUAACCCUAAACACUCCACCCCAUUACCCCCACAACCACUACUUCAACCGCAACCGCCACCCCAGUCGCUUCCACCCCCUUCGCAGCCCAGAACUCCCUCCACAUUGGCUCGUCCUCCCCCCUGGCAGCAGUCCCACUUCCACCACUACCCUUCGCCUUCUUCUUCCGCUUCGUCUGGCCCUCCUCCUCCGCCGCUUUCAGCCUCCCAGCCUCCCCCGCCGAGGGGCGGCAUUUCCAUUGGUGUUCCCGCGCAUCACAGCGGCCCUUCUCCCCCCCAACCCGCUCCGUAUUUGUCUUCCUAUGGGCAUCAUUUUGGUGGGAUGGGCCGCGGCGGUGUCUCUGUGCCUGAAUCUGUAUCCAAUUCCAGUCCUUCCCAGGUGAGACCGUCAAUGCAGGGAAUGGGGAUGAUGGGUUCACUCGGUUCUAGUUCUCAAAUGCGGCCAACUGGGAUUCCGGCACAUCAUCCACAGAGGACAGUUCAAUCCUCUGUGAGGCCGCCAUCUACUGCAAGUAAUCAGUCCCCGUCUUCCCAAAAUUUCCAAGGGCACAGCCUUUUACGAGUUUCAUCAGUGGGAUCUGGUUCAUCACCAAAUACAUCUCCAGGUUUGCAGCCUCAUACUCAGCCAUGGUUGUCAUCUGGGUCACAAGGGAAGCCGCCUAUGCCAUCCCCUUCAUAUAGGCAGCAGAUGAACUCGCCAUCCAUGCAGCAAAGGUCGCAUCUUCCGCAGCAACAGCCCCAUCCUACAGCUCCCCAGCAGCAGCACCAUUCCAUGCCUUCAGCUUCACAGCAGCAGCACCAUCCCCUGCCUUCUGCUUCACCGCAACAGCACCAUCCCAUGCCUUCAGCUUCACAGCAACAGCAUAAAUCAUCUGCGCAACAUCAACAACCUUCCUCAUCACAUCAGGGUCCCGAGCAUUUUGGCCAACAAGUUCAGCCAUCAAGGGUCCCACAAACCAUGCCUCGUCAGCAACAAAUCACAAGGGUUCAGGGCCCUGUAAAUCCCAAGUCUUCUACUCUUGUAGCUGCACAGCCUAACACGGUCCAAUCAGGGGCCCAAAAUAAAACACCAAGUCCAGAAACAGAUGAAUCUUGUAAUAGAAUUCUUGGCAAAAGAAGCAUCCGUGAGCUAGUCAACCAGAUUGAUCCAUCUGAGAAGUUGGAUCCAGAAGUUGAAGAAAUUCUCAUGGACGUUGCAGAUGAAUUUGUUGAUUCUAUCACAACAUUUAGUUGCUCACUAGCCAAGCAUAGAAAAUCAACUCAAUUAGAAGCAAAAGACAUACUUCUACAUAUUGAAAAAAAUUGGAAUAUAACUCUUCCUGGGUUCGGUGGUGAUGAGAUUAAAGGCUUCAGAAAACCACUUACAAAUGACAUGCACAAGGAGCGCCUUGCUGUGAUAAAGAAGUCCAUAGUAGCAACUGAGACAGCAAAUGCUAGGAAUCCCACUGGACAAGCCACUGGAAAUGCAAAGGGUGGUCUUGUUAAGACACCUGCCAACAUCAUACUCUCCCAAAACUCUAAAAUGCGUGAAGUUACAUAAUGACGUGAACUGUUACGAGCAGAUUUUAUACUAAAAAGGUCUCUGGCAUCGCAUAAUUAGUGCAGGGGCCAAAUUUUGCUGUAAAAUUUCUUGAUCUGACGAUCGAAUGAGGAGAAUCCUAGCGGCUGAAGUCUUCCUGGAGGUAAGGAACCAGAAGUCUCCCCGGGGGGUUGCAUUGAAAGUACGAAGUUCUGCUGAACCUUUCGGAUCACCAGCAAUACCUCUCUAACCAGUUGUAUAUGGAAGAACUCAAAUUUGUCACUGCAGUGCAUAUGGGCAAGUUCAUAGUGUUGUAUUUUUCUUAUCAUCUAUCUUUACCAAUAUAGUAAAAAUUUAGAUCGAAAUUGAUGUAUAUUUAAACCAACCUAAAUAAUAGAUUGAUUUAAACCAAA